CAGACACAAACACAGACACACACACACACACACACACACACUUUCCUCCGCUCAGCCUGAAGGACGCACAGAGCAGCCGGAGCAGAAAAAAACAGGAACAUUUGGAACAUUUGGAAAUAUCGAAACAGGGAAGUUGGAUCUGAGCGUGUGUCUUUGAGCAGGAGGAACAGUCCCGUCAUCAGCAUGUUCAGCUGGGUGAAACAGGAGCAAGGUGGACGCAACAAGGACGGAGAGAUGUACCAGACGGUGACGGAGGGGCUGCAGACCCUUUACACCAAGAAGCUGCUGCCGCUGGAGGAAGCUUACCUCUUCCAUGACUUCCACUCUCCGGCCCUGGAGGCCGCCGACUUCCAGAGCAAGCCCAUGGUGCUGCUGGUCGGCCAGUACUCCACCGGGAAAACCACCUUCAUCAGGUACUUGUUGGAGCAGGAUUUUCCGGGGAUGCGUAUCGGUCCAGAGCCGACCACGGACGGCUUCAUCGCGGUGAUGCACGGAGACAACGAGGGCGUCGUCCCCGGCAACGCCUUGGUGGUCGACCCCAAGAAACCCUUCAGGAAGCUCAACGCAUUCGGGAACUCCUUCCUUAACAGGUUUAUCUGCUCUCAGAUGCCCAAUCAGGUUCUUCAGAGCAUCAGCAUCAUCGACACUCCCGGCAUCCUCUCUGGAGAGAAGCAACGAAUCAGCAGAGGUUACGACUUUGCGGAAGUUCUGCGUUGGUUCGGAGAACGCGUGGAUCGGAUCAUUCUGCUGUUUGACGCUCACAAACUGGACAUCUCCGACGAAUUCUCCGAAGCUAUCCGAGCAUUCAAAGGGCAAGACGACAAGAUCCGAGUCGUUCUCAACAAGGCCGACCAGGUGGACACGCAGCAGCUGAUGCGGGUGUACGGCGCCCUCAUGUGGUCACUUGGGAAGGUGAUCAACACUCCGGAGGUGGUGAGAGUUUACCUCGGCUCCUUCUGGGCCAAACCGCUGCAGAACACUGAGAACAGGCGUCUGUUCGAGGCGGAGUCUCAGGAUCUCUUCAGGGACAUUCAGAGUCUCCCGAGGAACGCGGCGCUCCGUAAACUCAACGACCUCAUCAAGAGAGCGCGGCUCGCCAAGGUGCACGCUUACAUCAUCAGCUACCUGAAGAAGGAGAUGCCGUCUCUGUUCGGCCGGGAGAAGAAGAAGGAGGAGCUGAUCAUGAGGCUGCCGGAGAUCUACACCAUCCUGCAGAGAGAGCAUCACAUCAGCCCCGGAGACUUCCCCAACGUCGCCAAGAUGCAGGACAUGCUGCAGCACUACGACUUCAGUAAGUUCCCGUCUCUGAAGAUGAAGCUCAUCGAGUCGGUGGAUAAGAUGUUGGCCAAUAAGAUCGCCGUGCUGAUGGCCAUGAUCCGCGACGAGGAGUCCAAGGCGCCGCCGGUGUUGGUGUCGGGCGGCGCCUUCGAGGGCUCCCAGGACGGGCCCUUCGGUCAGGGCUACGGCGAAGGCAUCAGCGCCGGGGCCGACGCCGAGGACUGGAUCGUGAGCCGGGACAAACACCGCUACGACGAGAUCUUCUACACGCUGAUGCCCGUCAACGGCAAGAUCACCGGCGUCAACGCCAAGAAGGAGAUGAUGAACUCGCGGCUGCCCAACACGGUUCUGGGGAAGAUCUGGAAGCUGGCCGACUGCGACAAGGACGGCAUGCUGGACGACGAGGAGUUCGCGCUCGCUCAGCAUCUCAUCAAAGUCAAACUGGAGGGAUACGAGCUUCCCAGCGAGCUUCCCGAGCACCUGGUGCCUCCGAUUCACCGCAAGAACCCGACCGCGGACGCCAUGUACAACCACAGCGAGGACUAGAGCGCCCGACGCCGCCACCAAAGAGACUGACUGAGCGGAAGCAUCAACGUUUCUGCUGCUGAUGUUCAGACUGACAGAGAAACACAUCAGCAGAUCUACCUGCUCCAGAAGGUCCAACAUCCAAUAAAACCUAAAUAUAUAGAUAGAUAUAUAAAUAUAUAAAUAUAACAGGCCAGCAAACACUCUAAUUAAGUGUCAGAGCAUUUUAAUACACUUUUUAUUUGGUCAGAUUUGAUGUAAAGUGAAAUUUAAGACACCAAACAUAUGAUUUCCUGCAUACUGUGGCCUCAUAUUUCACUAAUUCUGCUUUAAUUUUGGACACUUUUAUCCUGAUAUUCAACCUAUUUAACCUUCAUUCUUCUUCUUUUUUUUAUUCUGCCUCUGUGUGUGUUGUUUGGUCAUUUGAGACAAAACAGUGAUGAGCAACUUUGCUGAUCCUCCCUCCUCCUCCUCGUCUUCAUCACUGUAAAAUAUUUAACAUGAAGGAAGAAGAAGAAGAAACUUUAUUUUUUUGUGCUUCACUGCAACACAAAGUGCUUUAAAGAUACAGAUGAAUGUAAUAAAAUAGGAGAUAAAAAUAACCCUUCCUGUCUCUGUGUGGAGAUGAAUCAGCUAAAAGUCAAUUAGAUGCAGUUUGAAUGGAGCCGCAUUAGCAGCCGGCCGCCGAGAUAAACACACAACACAUUAAUAAAUCAGCUUUUAUGCCGUUUACAGUUUUGAUUCUUCACAUUUCAGUCUCAUAUUUCAUUUCAGACUCCUUUUUUAGUCCCGUAAAUAUCAAAACAAUGUCACCUCAGCACCUCAGUAUUAUAAAGUCCUGGACGUGGCUCUAAAUAAAAGAUUGAUGGGUUGAUAUGGAGGCUAGAGCUGCAAUUAAUACAUAUCCAAACCAUAAUUUUAUUAAAAAUGGCAUUAAAGUCCAUGAUAUUGUCCUCAUUUUGCUUGUUUUAUCAGACCAAUCAUUCAAAACAUUAAGAUAUGCAAUGUAAAGCUGCCACUACUGAUUAUAUGCAUCAUCAAUUUAAUCUUUCUAUUUUCACCUUUUAGUUGUUUAUUCAUUAAAAGUGGUAAAAAGCUGAAUAUGACGUCUUCAAACUCAAAGAUAUUCAGUUUACUGUCACAGAAAGAGUGAAGAAACCAGAAAAUAAUCACAUUAAGAAGCUGGAAUUUAGAGAUUAGAGACAUGUUUUUCUUUUCUUUUCUUUAAAAAAUGACUCAAACAAUUAUCAAAAUUGUUGGUGAUUAAUUUAAUAGUCGCUUGUUGCAGCUGUAAUUUAAUUUACUGUGAUACACGACAAAUACAGAGCAGCAAAUUGGCAAUUUUGGGAAUCUGGAACCAAAGCAUGUUGAGAAAAAUCAUCAAUAAAUCAUUAAAUUAGUUGCUAAUAGGCUUUGGAAGCAUCACGGGAUUAAAAAUGUAAAAAAAAGUGAUUUGCAAUACAGUCAUAAACAGACUGCGAGUGAAACUGUAGUUUACGAGGAGCACUCGAACGCAUCAUGUAAUACCACCUCUGACCACUAUAUGAGUUGUAGUUGAGGAGUGGCGCUGUUCGCUUUCCCGCCGGUUGCCUCCAGAGGAAAAUGUAGAGGAAGUGAUUCAAAGUUCAUAACAAACAUUAGCUGAAAAGUUUAAAUACAAAUCUGAAUUAUUCGCUGGUUUUUUUCAGUUUUUUUGUGAAUGAAACUCGUCAGAUUUUUAUUUAUUCGAGCUGAUAUUCAUCUCGUGGCCUUCAGUGAUAUCUGUUCCUGUCGGUUAAUCAGCUGUUUCCGCUCUGCUACCUGAACAGGUAAGAACAACGCGUUAUUACCGUAAUAACUGCUCAGUUUGUGGGUUCAGGUGGUUUACUGAAGCAUAUUUUUACGGGUCUGAGGGAUUUUAUUUUAAUAAGGAGUCAGGUUGGUGCAGGUAUUAUUUAAAAGAAAACUGAUCGGCGCAUCACUACUAGACAUUACGGUAACACCUGCAGCUGCUUUAACGCAAACGUCACAUUACCGUAAUACCUGUAAAAUAUCAAAGGUGUGAAAAAAUAUAGAUGACGCCCAAAGCCUAAUUCUGCAUUAAAUUAAUUAUAUUUUAAUCAACAAGGUAAAUAAUCAAUUACAGCUCUAGUUGCAUAUCUUUGUUUCCUGUGAAUGUGCAUUUAGAAAGUGAUCAUUUAGAGAUAAUUACUGUCAAUACAUUUGAUAGUUGAUGUGCAAAUGUAGGGACAAAAUCAAGUAUCACGAUAUUUUAGACCGAAUACCUCGAUAUCUUUAUCACAACAAUAAUGUAAAGAUGAUUCUUGAUGCUUUCACAAAAUAUUUGCAUGAUGAAAUUUUGGAUAAAUAAUCAUUAGUAAUGCGGAUAUAAUGACAAACUGGGUGAAAGGUAAAUAACAGCACAACUUAAACAGUCUGUUAAGUUCAGAAAAUUAUAUAUUUUACUGUAAUGCAGCUUUAAAACCAAGAAAAGACACUGAUGACAUCACAAUAUUACGAUAUUCAACAUCUAAGACGAUAUCUUGUCUCAUAUCACGAUAUGGAUAUAAUAUCAAUAUAUUGUCCAGCUCUAUGAUCAAUACAAUUUUGAGAAUAUUUACACUUUAUCUAUCAAGAAUAAACUAAAAAAAACCUUUAUGGGCGACAGUGUUUUUAGUUUCUGUAGAUAAAAGUGUA